AUGUUGGCAUUAACCACUCUCGUUUUAUCCUCCGUUUGGCAGGCUGCUGCCCAUGUAAUUCCACGCGAUUUUGACGACUCAUUAUUAUCCGGAAACGACACAACCAACGGGACGGAGCCCGUACGUGGAGAUUACACAUGGACUCCAACCUGCAAAUUGCCAUCUUCCAAGGGCUUCAUGUUUCCCAUGGGCUUUGACAAGUUCGAAAACUGUGUCCCUGCCACAGGAGUAGUGAAUGCUCUCAUGAUCUUCGUCGACUUUCCAGAUGCCAAGGAUGACAGUUCUCCCAAGACCAUGCACGAUAGACUGGUUCCGGAAGCGGUGGAGUGGUACAACCAGGCUAGUUACGGCAAGCUCAAGUUGAACGUCAAGGCCGAUACAUCUAAGUACUACCGUAUGCCCAAAGAAGCCGGCUCGUACGGGUGGAUGCAGGGUGGCUUCUGGCAGGAUAACUACCUUAACGACGCCCUCGAUGUCUUCACCGCUAACGGCACCCGCGCUGCACCUGAGGCUGACUUCUUGUACGUGGUACCGACCGGCCGCGCGGCAAACUCACUGUCACGUUCCAUUACGCGCUUUGAACCUAUCUCCACGCGCCACGGCAAGGAAGUGACCUACAAAAAGACUGUGCUCAUGGCUGCCACCGACUGGGAUCUUCUACCCAUGACUUUAGUCCACGAGACAGGCCAUGUCCUUUGCAUGUCAGACUACUACGCUUUUAACGGAUACCAGAACCAGUAUGUUGGAGAAUGGGGUGUCAUGGGCAUGCACAGUGGCAUGGCACCUGAUUACUUCGCAUGGGAUAAGUACCGACUGGGUUGGAUUGAAGACAAGGCCGUUGACUGCGUUCUGGAAGCUGGAAACACAACUCACGUCCUGACGCCGCUAGCGUACAACAUGGAGGGAAAGAAGGCUGUCAUCAUUGCUCAGAGCGAGAUUAGUGCUCUUGUUGCUGAGGUCCGCAUUGCAACUGGAUUGGACGGAAAUGUAUGUGCACCUGGUGUUUUGCUUUACACGAUUAGCACUAGGAUAGGAAACGGAGCCCUUGAGGUGAUUGACGCGACGCCCGACUCCAUGGGCUGCGCUGGGAAACUUGAGGACAAGAAUGAUGCUACCCUGUCUUUGACCUUGAAGGGAAGCGACUCUCUCGCAUAUGCUCCUGUUAGCUCGUUGGAGGUUCCUGGCUGGGAUGUCAAGGUGACUUUGGAGAGCGUCAAGGGCACAGACUAUACUAUUCGCGUGGACCGCAAGACAGAUGUCAAGACUGAUUCAUGGUAG